ACAAAUUGGCGGAACGCGUCCGCAGUGAAGUCGCGGCCAAUAUCGCCACCUCGAUUGGGUCCCAAAACGGGGUAUCAUUCGAGGUGUGAUGGAUCGGGACCCAGGAUUGGGCCGGGAAUGGGCGGGCAGCCCUCGGAGGGGAAGGUCGUUCAAGUCUUGUAGACAAGCUUCGAGUCCGUCCUUUAUUUUUUCUGCGUAGGAGUGUGUGUGCUGCUAUAGUUGCUCUCUCUUCGUGUGCAUCGCCCUCCUAUUGAGCCCCAGGGUUAGAGCUGCUGUUGUAGUGCAGUCGUUUUUCUAUCUAUUUAUUAUAUUCAGUGUUUUGGUUUGACGCUGCUUCUCGCUGCAGUAGCUUGCGCUUGCUCCCCGUCUACUGCAGCCGCGGGGUGCUGCCACCAUGGGGCUCACUUUUACUAAGCUCUUCCAGAAGCUGUUCUCCAAGCGGGAGAUGCGUAUUCUGAUGGUUGGUCUCGACGCAGCUGGUAAAACCACCAUCCUGUACAAGCUCAAACUCGGCGAGAUCGUCACCACCAUUCCCACCAUCGGUUUUAACGUGGAGACCGUUGAAUACAAGAACAUAAGUUUCACCGUGUGGGAUGUCGGAGGUCAGGACAAGAUUCGACCAUUGUGGAGGCAUUACUUCCAAAACACCCAGGGACUCAUUUUUGUGGUGGACAGCAAUGAUAGAGACCGUGUCGUAGAAGCUAGAGAUGAGCUGCAUCGGAUGUUGAAUGAGGAUGAGCUGCGCGAUGCUGUCCUUCUUGUAUUUGCCAACAAGCAAGAUUUACCGAACGCAAUGAAUGCUGCAGAAAUUACCGAUAAGCUUGGUCUGCACUCACUUCGCCAACGCCACUGGUAUAUUCAGAGCACCUGUGCGACUUCUGGAGAGGGUCUCUAUGAAGGUCUUGACUGGCUGUCCAGCAAUAUCGCUAAUAAGGCAUAAUUGCGGUUGGUGCGAGUCCUGCCUUUUCCCAUCCAAAAGCUUCUAUGCAACCUGCGCAAAGUUGGCGUCACUUUACUACAAUUAUCUACGUGCACAUAGGUUGCCACUAUGUUUUUUCAGUGCUGUAGAAGACCAGAACGCUGUCUUAAUGAAAUCUGCAUGUCUUGUAUACGUUUCUCAUUAUUGAUUGCAUUACUAUGUCCAUUAGGGCCAUUCAUUGUGAGUUCUGUAACUCUCCACAUGCAAAUAUAGACUCUUGGAAUCUUUUCAUGGGCCUCGUAGCCUGCUAAAGAACCUUUAUGAAUAGAUAGUUGAUGAAGAUACUGGUUGAAUCUUACGACCGUGCUACGCAUUGAUUCA